AUGCUCAUCCUCCUCUUGCAUCAGCACCAUUUCUGGCAUCCUCAUUAAACACACACGCACACAAACAGUGAGCCUGCCCACCUCACAGGAGCGCAGAGGCGCCAGACCUGCCGCCACAGAAUUCCGGAUUCACUCGGUCCUGAAGGCCGCAUCGGCGGAUCGCAGCGUCAGCAGCAGCUGAGAGGGAAGCCGCAAGAACCGGGCACAGCCACAGCUAGUGAUGGAGAGCCUGCUGGAUAACCCAAUGAAAGCCGUCCUGUACCUGAAGGAGCUCACCACCAUCGUCCAGAACCAGCAGAGUCUGAUCCAGACGCAGCGCCAGCGCAUCGACGAGCUCGAGCGCAAGGUGGAGGACCUGAUCGGAGAGAACCGACAGCUGCGGGACCCCCACCUCUACGUCCAACAGCCCCCUCAGCUUCACCACCACCACCACCACCAUCACCCUUCUCACCGCAGCGCCAGCCCCCAAGCGCCGGCCAACCUCCAUCAGCACCCGGGGAGCAGCGCCAAAGCUGCCGGGCACCUCGGCCAGCAGGUGCCGCCGCCGCCGCAGCAGCAGCAACAGCAGCAGCAGGUGAUCAACCAGGCGGCCCAGCCUCAGCAGCACCCUCCUGCUCCGUCCUCACACCACCCGCAGCAGCUGCAGCUCGUUCCCACCUCCCCGCAGUCCCCCAAAGUGAGCCAAGCCGGUCCCGACCCCGCCGAGGAGGACAAGAGGAGCGCCUGCUGCAAGUCCCUGGUUCCGCAGACCCCCGCCACGCUCUGCCGCUCGGUGGGACUCGCCAGGAAAGCAGACAACCCAACAGUACUCCACCAGUUCUGCUGCCCGGCCCCGGAGGCCCCAGAAGGGGAGACCUCCACAGCCUGUGUCCCCAGUGAUGAACUUUCUCCAGACUCAACUAUGGGGAAGGAAGGGAUGGGAGGUGAGGGGGAGCUGCAGGGUGAGACCCAGUCACAGCCAGAGCCAGAGCCAGAGCCAGAACCAGAGCCACAACUGCAGGCCCACCAGCAGCAACAGCAGCAGGAAGCGAUUCAGCCACAAAGACUGCCUCAAUCUGAGCCUGAACCGCAGAUUCAGCUUCAGAAGGAGCCCGAAGUCAAAGCUUGGUCAGAACCUGAACCUGAGCCAGAGCCGGAGCCGGAGCCGGAGCCGGAGCCUCAACCAGAACACGAACCCGAAGCAGAGGUUGCGAGAGAGGCAGCGGUGCCGCCGCCGGACGCCCCCCAAGCCCCGUCACCUCGCAGAGAGGAGCAGACGGAUGGGGAGCGAGACUUUCCGAAGCCAGAGGAGGUUGUCGAAGCGAGGGCAAAGCAACACGGGGACGAGGCGCCGGGUGAGAGCGGCAAGGCCAAGGCGGCGCAGGAGGAAGAGGACGAGGACGAGGGCGGAGCCAAGGGUGGCGGUGCGGCGAGGAGAGCCAGCCUGCAUCACACGGCCUCGCCCCUCAGGGUGCAGCGCAACGGCGCCGGCUCGCACUCCGCCUCUUCUGACUAUGAGCUCUCGCUUGACCUCAAAAACAAGCAGAUCGAAAUGUUAGAGCAGAAAUACGGCGGCCACCUCAUCUCCCGCCGAGCCGCCUGCAAGAUCCAGACCGCCUUCCGCCAGUACCAGCUCAGCAAAAACUUCGAGAAGAUCCGCAACUCGCUCCUGGAGAGCCGUCUGCCUCGACGCAUCUCCCUGCGCAAGGUCCGCGUCCAAAACACCGAGGGCGUCUCCGCUGAACGGGCUCUGGCAGAAGGCUGUAACCUGGCAGGCAUCCCRCUGGUGCGCUCGCCAUCUCUGCCCACCACAGUCGGUAGCUCCCUGACAGACCUGGAGGACUCCUUCACCGAACAGGUCCAGUCGCUCGCUAAGUCUAUAGAUGACGCACUGAGCAACUGGAGCCUCAAGACCAUGUGCUCCCUGCAAGAAGGUGGCACGUAUCAGUUCAGUGCCGACUCUUUCAAUGCGGCAGCGGCGGCGGCGGGAGUUGCAGGAGGAGGUGGAGAAGGAGGUGGRGUGGGACAGUCAACAGUUCCACCAGGUCCAGUGGACCCAAGUGACCUGUCGAGAAGCGCAAGCAAGCUGAUGAUGGCAUUCCGAGACGUGACGGUGCAGAUCGACAGCCAGAACUUUAGAGUUUCUUCCUCAGUCAUGGAGUCCUCUUCGGUCACGCUUGGAAGCUGCAUCCAACAGGACGGAGCCGCCACCGCUGUCACAACAAACCUUUCACCGCUGUCUGUCCCACAAAAACUACCUCCUCUACCUCCAGAAGCCCCAGGCGAGCCCAUACAUGCCCCACCUCCACCACAAGAGCCCCCGCCACCCCCGGAACCGGAGCUCCAAGAAGUGGAGGACGUCGAUUUCCCCGCCCCGCCUCCGAGUGAAGAGGAGCUGCUGGAGGUGGGUCAGCCUCCUCUGACACCUCUGGAACAAACGUCCGCCCCUGAAAGCCUAGAAGAAGCCAAUCCGCCUCCUCCCCCUCCCCCGACAGAGCCCACUCAUGUACCUCCACCCCAGGAGGCCUUGGCGCUGGGGAGCUCCCCCGUGGCGGAGCCUCUGGAUGUGAAGCGAUGCAGCUCGGAGACGGCCGACAACAGCUCGGAGCAGAUGAGCAGCAGCAGCACGUCGACGGAGGCGCGCUCCACCUCUGAGGCCUCGUCUAAGGAAGCACUGCAGGCCAUGAUCCUCAGUCUUCCACGGUACCACUGUGAGAACCCAGCCAGCUGCAAGUCGCCCACGCUGUCUACGGACAUCAUGAGGAAACGCCUUUACCGGAUCGGCCUCAACCUUUUCAAUCUGAACCCAGAUAAAGGCCUCCAGUUCCUGAUCUCUCGAGGCUUCAUCCCAGACACGCCCAUUGGUGUAGCUCACUUCCUGCUACAGAGGAAGGGCCUGAGCCGACAGAUGAUUGGAGAAUUCCUUGGAAACAGCAAGAAGCCGUUCAACAAAGACGUCCUGGACUGUGUGGUGGAUGAAAUGGACUUCUCAGGGAUGGAGCUGGAUGAAGCACUGAGGAAGUUUCAGGCCCACAUUCGUGUCCAGGGAGAAGCUCAAAAAGUGGAACGUCUGAUAGAAGCCUUCAGCCAGCGCUACUGCAUGUGUAACCCCGACGUGGUGCAGCAGUUCCAUAACCCUGACACCAUCUUCAUCCUGGCCUUCGCCAUCAUCCUGCUCAACACCGACAUGUACAGUCCCAACAUCAAGCCGGACCGCAAGAUGCUGCUGGAGGAUUUCAUCCGUAAUCUGCGCGGUGUGGAUGAUGGAGCGGACAUACCCCGAGACAUGGUGGUGGGCAUCUACGAAAGAAUACAGCUGAGAGAGUUGUGCUCCAACGAAGAUCACGUCACCUACGUGUCCAAGGUUGAGCAGUCCAUCGUAGGCAUGAAAACAGUUCUCUCUGUSCCUCACAGAAGACUGGUGUGCUGCAGUCGACUUUUCGAGGUGACGGACGUCAACAAGGCCCAGAAACAGGCAGCACAUCAGAGAGAAGUCUUCCUGUUCAAUGAUCUCCUCGUGAUCUUGAAGCUUUGUCCAAAGAAGAAGAGUUCUGCUGCCUACACUUUCUGCAAAGCCAUGGGGCUGCUCGGCAUGCAAUUUCAUCUGUUUGAAAACGAAUACUACCCUCAUGGAAUCACAAUCCUCUCCCCAUAUGGCUCAGAGAAGAAGCAGGUACUCCACUUCUGUGCCCAAAGUGCCGAAGAGCUGCUUAAGUUUGUAGAAGACCUGAAGGAAUCCAUCGCAGAAGUGUCAGAGAUGGAGCAGAUACGCAUCGAGUGGGAGCUGGAAAAGCAGCAGGGAGCCAAGACACACUCAGUUAAGAGCAACGGCACACAGCUAGAGCUGCGCAGCAAACAGGGCUCCCUGUCAGGAAACCAGGAGAUGGACGACAGAAGUGGCCAGAAUGCAGUAGAGGUGUCAAUUCACAACAGGCUUCAGACGUACCCGCUCAGCAACAGCAGCACGGCUCGGAGCGCCGAGAGCGCGGCCCUUCUUAACAGCCGGGGGGAGCUGCUUUUCCAGCAGGGGCCCCAGGGGUUAACGCAGGUGCCGGCGCCUCCACCUCAGCACCCGUGGCUGCAGUCGGCGGCGAGCACCCCCGCCCACCAUUUCCCCAUCCAGCAGCAGCAGCAGCAGCAGACCGCCGCCAGCAUGGCGGACCUGCGGCCCGAGGCGCUCAUCCAGUGUCAGCAGAUCGUCAAAGUCAUCAUGCUGGACAAUGGCAGCCACGGACGCGUGGAGGCCUUCCUCAGCCAGACGCCCACCCACCACCACCACCACCACCGCUACCAGCACCGCCACCACAGCCUCCACCAGCUCAGCCAGUCCGCCAUGUCCACCCCUGUCCGCUCGCCCGAYGGCUCCCACAACGGCCACCAGCCCCCGCUGCCUCCCCCUCCGCCCCCUUACAACCACCCACACCAGUACAUCCCGCCGGACCCCCGCCUCACUUUACACCGGACUGCGAGCGGCUCUCGGAGCAUGGUGUAAAUAAACCUCACACCCCCCGAGACGCAUCUCAAACUUCCACACUCUCAAUAUUUGACGUUCUGUAAAUAGGAUAUAAUUAAAUGAAAGAGCUAUAAUUUAAAAAAAGAUCUACUUAUAUGCAUAUAUUUAAUGAAAAGAAACUUAAAACAAAGGUUUUAAAACAUUAGAAGCAAAGUGCAUAUAUAAUGUUUUACUUGACUCCUCAUGUAUUUUGAAAUAUUAUGUAGUUUUAACAAAUUUCUAUAACUUUUUUGUCAGUUUCAUCUCUUGCUAAAGAGAAAAAAAAAUACAGAUGACUCCUUGGAAUUCUGGGACUCGACCACAAAGAAACUCGUCAGACUUUUUUUUUUUUCCUUUUUGGGAAAUUUUCCAGCAAUGGAUGUCCUUUGCGCUCUGUCCGCUUCUACUGUCCCAGACCUCAUGCCUACUGUGCUGUAUGUGCACCUUCGUGUAUAGCUGACAGAAAACAUGUGCCAAAAAUACAUAUGCCUCCACUCAACAAUGACUUCUUUGCACUUGACUGAAUGCUAGGACUGAAAGGAGAGAGAAGGGGAGAAUAAAAAACAAACCAUUUGCUUUGAGUGGUAGUCUGUUCAAACCUCUUCCUCAAGGGGUUCAAAAAAGAAAUAACAAAACAAGCUGUCUACCAUUUGCACAGUUGCUGAUUUAUUUAUGUGAUGGAGGGGCUCCUUUUUCCCCCUCUCUGCUCCUCUAGGACUAAAAARAGCAAAGCGCCAUCCUGCUAAAAGCUGUGUUUUCUAUCAUUUUGUGUUGCAACGAGAACAAUCGUCAUCGCCACAGAUUAAAUUAAACUCUUUGUGUUCGACAACUUAUCUGCUGAGUGAGGGGAAAACGUUUUCACUUUUUUUUUUUUUAAAUCGGGCGUUUUGCCAUUCACCUGUGUGCUGUUUGUCGAGCGCUCUUUUCAGGAAAUCCCACGUGAAUUUGUGUGUCGAUGCUUCCGCUGCAGCUGUUAAAUGUUCGAAUCUGUGUUUGUUUUCAUCUGUCCGUGUCACCAUUGUGUGUGGUUCCUAUAACCGUGUUAUGACUCCUGUUWUUUUUUUUGGUUUGGAUCCCUGUUUCCUCCAUCAUAACCUUUCAGACUGACAUUUUCACAAAGGCAAAAAAAUACACGCGGCUUUUAUUGCAAAUGCUGGCAUUAAUGGUAUUCUUUGUGCUGUUGGCCCACCCUGCUAUCUUAA